GCAAUUCUUCCAGGAAACGCCGGGCCGCUUCGUACGAGGAUAGAACCUGCAUAGGAGAGAGGCAAAAAAAGAUACAAGUUCCGUUAUGGCACGUUCCUUGUGGGUUAUUAAAUUUGGUCGUUUUAACAAGAGAGAAAGCUAGCAGGAUAUCGUAGUUUUGUUCUUGAAAAAAUCCCUUAGGAACGUGGAAAUUGCCUCAGAAAGGCCUCUUGGUAAAUAAAUCGUUAAUUACGAGGUACCUGCCACGAGAAAUAUCUGUGGAACGGUAAUAAUAUCACGGUGGCGAGAUCGUGAGGCAAGGAGUUAGCGUUGUUCUAACGAGCUGAAGAUCCAAAUUUAAAUUCGAUCAGAGAUCGUUGAUUUUUAUUCGAUCGCCACCUCUCGGGGGACAAUGGUAAACCACCGAGAGAUGCUACGAGCAUCUUUUUUUCUAUGAGCGAGUCGCUUGGAAUAUGUUAAUUGUAGGUCCCAUAUAUUUGAUGAGCGUACAGAUACAUGCAGAGGAGUUACGUGUCUAACAAGCUACUAAUGGGAAGAAGAAUGAUAUAUUGUGCUCCAAGUCAAUUGAAAGAUUGUAACGUUGGGAGCAUAACGUCUCAUCAUUUAUUCAAAGGGACGUCUUUCAAAAGAUCGGGUAGAACAUGUUGCAGGAACUGGAGAAUGGCCGCGUCGUUCCAGUUUCCGGAGCGAGUGCCAAUACCAAUUGGAAGAAGAAGAAAGAACUGGAGAUAAAUGCGAGCAUUCAAAUGAGGUAGCAGCGAGCACAAUCAAAUUAUCUUCGGCAGUGCCAGCCCAAAUAUUGACUGCAAGCUGGUGUUGUCUCUUCUAACGAGCGGCAGCAGGAGGAUUUUUGUCGGCCCGGACGUGGCUGUUGCAUUGAGGAAAUCAUUCCGAGUGAAACGUGACUUUAUAACCCACUCCAAGCUCAUCGGUCCAAUUUUGAGACAUCCUGUAUACAAUGGAAUAUGUAAUUAUAUUUAUUAUACAAGUAUAAUAGAGGUAAAAUGGAAUAUGCAAUACAUGCUGUAAGAUAUGUCAUUUUUUAACAUUAGAAUAUAGAGAAUUGUAAAUCCGUUAAAAAUAUUUUCACGCACGGACGUGCAUACAGUAUUAUAUAAAAUUACACGUCAAAUAUGUCCAGGCAUAUUUUUACACUGCAUACUUCUAUACAAUUCUACACAGUUCUAUACAACUUUUAAGAGGAAAACAAUCGCUCAUUUAUAAGUACAAUACAAGUUUGUACAAUUGUACACAAUUAUAUAUAAUUAUAAAUAGGCAACGUUUUACAUUUAAAAAAACUGUUCAUAUAAAAGCACAGAUAGAUCUAUAAAAUUACACAGAACCGUGCAGAAUUGUAGAAAGUUAUCUAGAAAUAUACAACGUAAAAAUGUGUAUGGACAUAUUUCAUGUAUAUGUUUGUAUUUAUUCAAAGACAAAUUUUUUACCAGGAAGAACAUAUUCCAUUGUACCAAUUUUUCAUUCGUGCGCUUUAAAACUGGUUGUGCUUAAAAAAUCGAAAGGCGACGCAAUCGUGGCCGGUACUGUAUACAUUAUAUUAUAUAUAGCUGUACAAAUAUUGAUAGAGGGAAAGUCCUCUGUCAUGAGAUUGGUUUCCAAUAUGAGAUAGCAGGUUUUCAGCAUCCAAACUAGUUACGCUUAAAAACUCGAAAGGUGAGGUAAUCACGGCUGGUACUGUGUACAUUGUAUUAUAUAUAAAUAUACAAAUAUCGAUAGAUCGAUAGACGAAAGUCCUAUUAUGAGACAGCGGGUUUUCAGCACCCACCCAGAAAACAUUUUGCGCGCAAACAUCUGGACAUUGUGACGACGCACUUGGAUAGAGUUUUGCCUGCGUUGCUGAGCCAGUUUUGCACGCGAGUCGAUGGAUAUUUGCGCGCAAAAAUAAAAACGCUAACACAUGAGAGCCAGCCACUUGCGUGCAAAAGCACAGACUAGACAUGUUCGGGCAAAUCUCAUACAAAUCUGCAAGAAUUCCCAGCACCAAAGCUUUCAGAAACAUUGCACCGUUGCAACGUUUUCUGAAGUGUUUCUGAAAGCUUUGGUGCUGUAUGGAUUGUUAUCUAGGCAGAUUCAAUCGUAAAUCUUGUUUUCGCAACGGGUUGUACGAUCCAACGGUGAAUCCUCCACUAAACGGAAUUCGCUUCAAAGGCAAUGAAUUCACGGUGGGACCAACUGAUGCCUGUUAAUCUAACGGAGACCCCGCUAUCUCGUAUUAGGCUCCUGCCUCAUAAUAGGAGACUCCUCUGUAGUCUCUCCGUGUGCUGCUAUCCUGGACCGCGUUCAGAAACACCACCCCGAGUGCUCCAGCGUAUCUUUCUAUCCUUGUUCAACACACGGUGAGAAACUAGGAUAGAGAAUGAUACUCUGGGAUACUCGGGUGGUGUUUCUGAACGUAGCCCUGAGGGGGGCGAGAGGCGUAGGGAAUUCGUGCGUCCGUGGAGUACGUGGGGAAUUCCGUGGGUCCCGACGAUAAGGAUGCCGGGCCCGUGCGCGGCCGCGACACAUACCGUUUCGAUACCGCGUCAGACAUCACGGCGCGCUCGUCCGAUUUGCAUGCGCAUCUGUCUAGCGACGGUCUCGGCAAUUGAUACCAGUUAACACCACUUGUAAGCAAGGUACCGCUGCACCGCGGCUCCGUUUCUACGCGGGAUGCCAGCAGUCGUUGCGGUAAACUGGUUGUUCGUCGAUUAGCGGCUGCCGCGACAAGACGGUGCGACGGGACAGCGGAACACGUCGCUCGCCACCGCGGACGGCGAUCGCCGCGAGGUUAGGCACAGGGGGCUCGCGUAACGGAGUGCACGGCGCGGGCCCGAGGCACGCGGCGCCGAGAUGGACAGCAAAGUGGACGACGAGAGCCAGCGCGGCGUCAACGACGGCGACUGGGUCUGCCCUGACUCGCAAUGUGCCAAUAUAAACUUCGCCAGGCGCAACUCCUGCAACCGCUGUGGUAAAGAUAGAGGCGAAUGCCCGAAAAAGAAAAAAUUGGGUCAGGAAAUCGGAAAAGCGGCCGCGGAAAAAAGUAGAGGUCUCUUUAGCGCGGACGACUGGCAGUGUAGCAAGUGUGGUAACGUAAACUGGGCACGCCGGCAACAGUGUAAUAUGUGCAACGCGCCCAAGUUCGGCGAGAUUGAGGAGCGCACGGGAUACGGGGGCGGGUACAACGAUCGAGGUGUCGUCGAGUACAAGGAGAGGCGAGACGAUGACGACGAGUACGACGAGUUUGGGCGGCGUAAAAAAAAGCGGAAACUGGAGAAAAACUCUGACGACGACUCGAAAGACUCCAAGUACAGCAGCCCGUCGCGUAGUAAAUCCAGAGACAAGGAGGAAAGGGGCAACGUGGGCGAGGAGCAGGAGGAAAACGAGGAAGAGGAAGAGGACGAGGAGGAAGAUGGUGAUUUAUCUAAAUACGACCUUAGCGAAUGGGAUGACUUUGCGCCGGCGAAAAAAAGUACAAACGGAAGUACUGCAUCUUCGGAAGCGCAACGGUCAAGAAACGGAGAUGAUCGGCGCGAUUCAGGCACAUCCAACCAAUGAAAGGCUGUACAAAAGGACAGGUGAACCAGGAGACGAAGGAACGCAACCAGUGCUCGGCAACUAAGAAGUAUUCACAACGCAACAAGUUUUAGUAAUUUAGUAUGCACCUUUGGAUAUAAAGUGGCCGAUAACGUGUGACUUAUUACAAAGGGAAGUCGUCUAACGAUAAGCUUUACAUUUAUAAUUGAGCUCAUAACUUCGUUGAUCCUAAGAAAGCGAAAUGUAGGUCUUCUAUUUGCGCGGGUAUAUCGUUGUUCUAACGAUUGCAGAGUUUAUGAAAAACUACUUCGGCGCAAGUAGUGUGUUUCGCCAGCGAGAUUUUGGAAUCGACAAUUCCAACGUGAAUCUAUAGAAGAAAUUAUACACAGCUCGUUUUACAAGCUAAAUAUGACGUUGUAGAAAAAGAUCUUACUCCUAAUGUAAUAGAUGGUGUCAACGCUCUGCGCAAGCCCCGUCGUCGCAGUGUUCUAAGAUUCCUAUUACUUUAUCACAAACGUAACGUAUGUCGAUGUAGCCGUGUCACUGCUUCGCAUUGCUCAAGUUGCCUGAAGGAACCUAACUUCUCUUCUUUUCUCCCCUCGUCUAUCUUUUUACAUCAUUCGUCUAUGCAUAAUACUCGGAUUAAGACGGACAAUCGUCAAGUGUAGUAAUUGAAGAAUCAUUCCCCGAACAGAGCAGAUAUGUAUUUUGCAUCUUUUGGAAGAGACCAAAAGGAAAGGAUACGUUCUCUUGCUUUGACUAUCACAGAUUUGAGUAAGUUGAGAAACAGCCUGCUCACUCCGAAAACGUAGCGCUUUUUUUUCUUUUAAAUUAGUCACGUUCCAUGUCUCGACAGAUACGGAACCCUUAUCGUGAACUCCGACGGCCGUUCUUGAAUCGCAAAACGAUUAUCGAUCAAAUAUCUUACUGACUUCUUGUAAAUAUCUUUAUUUUUCAUUUAUAAUAAAAAUCAUUCAUCAACAACAUAA